AUGCCCAAGCCUGUAUCGCCUCAGAAGUUCAACCUCCAGGGCCAGACCGGCAUUGUUACGGGUUCCAACGUCGGUCUCGGCCUUCAAUGCUGCCGUCAACUGCUUGACCUCGGCCUCGACCAUCUUAUCCUCGCUGUCCGCGAUGAGAACAAAGGCAGAAAGGCCAAGGAGGACUUGCAAAAGGGUGCGCCUGGUGCAAAAAUCGAAGUCUGGAAGCUCGACUUGUCGACUUACGACUCCGUCACUGCCUUUGCUCAGCGCUGCAAUACUCUAUCUCGACUCCAGUUCGUCAUACUCAACGCUGGCGUCUUCAAAGUCAAGCUUGAGAUCAACGAGAGCACCGGCCAUGAAGAAGUUAUGCAGGUCAACUAUCUCUCCACCGCUCUUCUUACGAUCCUGCUUCUUCCGAUUCUCAAGGAGAAGAAUGCUCCGGCGCACCCCGGCCGCAUUACGAUAGUUAGCUCCGAGACUGCAGCCUGGUGCAAGUUCAAAGAGCAGGAAUCAAACCCAAUACUGCCUGCAUUCAACGAUCCCAAAAACUUUGAGAAGCAGGAGCGCUACUACACCUCCAAGCUUCUUGAACAGCUCUUCCUCGUCCAGCUUGUAAAGCGUGUACCAUCCUCGGUUGCAGUCAUCAGUUGUGUCAAUCCCGGAUUUUGUUACGGAUCCAAUCUGCACCAUGAAGCCGCUGUCGGCGUUGUCGGAGCCAUCUUCACCGGUAUCAAGCGAACCAUUGGACGAUCUACCGAGGUCGGUGCCAGAACUCUUACAGAUGCAGCUAUCAACCAUGGUUCAGAAACUCACGGAAAGUAUCUCGGCGAUUGUCAGAUCAAGCCAAUGGCUCCCUUUGUGACUAGUCCAAAGGGUGACAGCGUCGGAGAACGGCUCUGGAACGAGACAAUGGCCGAAUUAUCGUUCGCGAGGGCGCAAGAGACUCUUAACGAUCUGAAGAGGUGA